AAUAAAAAAUCUCAAGUAAUCACACAUCAUGAAGAACAAUCUUCAUCAUCUACUAGUCAUAGAGCAACAAAAAAUGGAGUUGAUUUGUCAAAAAAGGUAAUUUCUAAAGAAUUUUCAAAGAAAAAAGCUAAAAGAACGAAUACUUCUUUUCUUCAGACCUCAACUAAAGCAGCAGAAAGCUCAACAACACAAACUUUAUCAUUUUCGAAUGUCCGAGGACAACCGUCUUCGAGCCAGAUAAUCUACGAACCGAGAAAAGUGAUGCUCGACAAUUUUGCAAGCAUUUCGGGGCCAUCAAGAGCCAUAAUUCAUCAGAUUUCUAGAGAAGAUGAUUUUGGAAAUGUCAGGAAUGAGAAUUCGAAGGUGAUCGUUCAUCAAAUUUCCAGGGAAGAAAAUCAAAGGAGUUAUUCGUCAAAUGAAUCAGUGAUAACGAAACAUACUCAACCACAAACUACUGACUAUAAAUUGAUCGUUCACCAAAUUUCACCAACAAGUGAUCGUGCACAGGGAAGCCCACGAUCACCAUCAGAAAGUACUGAUGAACAAGGAAAAAUUAUCAACCACUCUGUUCUUCAAGAGAAUUUUGCUGAAAAAAGGCUUAAUAUUGAUCAAAAAGAUCGUUUCACACAAAAUGUCUCUAAAAAGGACACUAAGGAAACUCAAUCGGAACCUUCAGAUAAAACCAAGAAAGUGAUCUUGAUACCAAUUCACCAGGAGAAUUCAACACAAACAUCACCAUUGCCAUCGUUAAGUGAGGACAAUCCUUUGCAUUCAAAUCUUCUCGAGAUAAUCAAAGAUGAAAACCAUCAUUCAGAAACAAAGUCUUCUUCGAAACAGUCUGAAAUAUCUCGACAAACAUCAUCGUCACCGUUGUCAAGAUCACCAGUGAUUUGUUUUGAGAACUUGUCGAAAUCGUUUGAGUUAAAUAACAAUAAGCCCGAUAAUCCGGCAGAAUCAAAUUUAACUAAUUCUGCUCAACCAACUGCAGAACAGUCUCCAAAAGUAAUGGAACAUCCUAUUCGUCAAGUGGAAUCACCACAAAAGAGUCCCAAGAGGUCGGAUAAUCUUGAACCUCUUAAAAUACCAGCUUUUCCUAUCAAUCGUCCAUCAAAAGUGAUUCUUCAUCCGAUCAUUAAUGAAACUUCCGGAAAACCAGUCUUUCCAUAUUCUGAAAAGUCGAUGAAUACUAUCGACACUUCCUCGAAGAAUAUAGCUAAUGAAAUUCUUAAGGAAGUUUCAUCAGAAUUAUUGAAAUCUUACUUCGUUUUGGAAAAAACUAAAGAAGAACUUAUGGAAAAAGUACAAUCCGAACCCAUAAGGACUUCGUUCCCAGUUUCGAUGAAAAAUCAAGCAUCAUUCAGGCCAGGUUUCUUCGACACAAAUAAGUUUGAAAAGCAAACAAAUCCUUUAGAUAGUGAAUCAAAGGUUAUUGUACAUCCAAUUUCGACGAAUGUUGAAUCAGCAUCAAAAUCAAAAUUAGAAACAGAAACAAAAUUGAAGACACAAAAUUCAAGUAAGCACGAAGAAAAAGUUAUUGUUCAUCAAAUUUCACGAGAUGAAUCAAGCACAACUCACGAAUCAAAGUCAUCACAUGAUUCAGCAAAUUUCACCCACAAUUCCCAUAUAAACUCUUUACCAUCAAGUUUCCCGAUUUCAAUCGAGAAAGAAACACACGCUACUCAAUAUACUCCAAGACCUCAAGAGUUCCAUUCAAGGACUGCUGAUCUUCAGUCUAUGAGAGAUUCCGCGAAAUUUCAUCAAACAAGUUCGAAAAUGUCUUCGACUUUUAAUGAAACGGAAACCAAAAAAGAAAUAAUUCACGAGGUUUUAAAAGCAACGGAUAUUGCAAACCACAAAAAUACCAACAAUUCAAGCUUUCCAAGUGCUUCAGCACCCUCGGAAUCAAAGGAACCGAGGGAAGAAGAUAAACCUAAGGUCAUUCUUCAUCCAAUUUCAAAAGAAGAUCCAACAUUAAAUCGAUCGCCAUCAUUUCCUUUGAUCAAAGAACAAACUGAAGCAUCUUCUUCAAAGAAGAAUUCAACAACUCUCAAAGAUUCUUCUUUCCCUGUGUCGUCUUUAAAGAUACAUCACCCAGAUCAAUACAACUCGAAGUCUACAGUUCUCGAGCAGAAAUCAAUCAAUAUUGAAAGAUUGCGCAAUGAGUCAAAACUCAUUCAAUCGAAUGCUUCACCAUUUGCGCAGAAAUUGAUGGAAGAAAAAGCUGAUCAGAAAAAGCCUCAACCAUCACAAACUUGUUCCCAAGAACCUUCUUACACUCCAUUCCCAGUGUCAGUGGUAAAACCGAAGCAAUCAUCCUUCACCAGUCAAUCGACUGGAUUUCCCAUUUCUGUUGAAAAGGAAACACAUGCAACCCAAUAUAAGGCAAGACCUCAAGAUUCUCAACAAAAAUCAAUUGAUCUUCAGUCCUUGAGAAAUUCAGCAGAAUUACGUCAAUCUAGUUCUACAAUGACAUCGACAUAUGGUCUCACGGAAAUUGAAAAUAUGAAAGAAAUCAUUCACGAAAUUUCGAAAGAAUCCCCGACAGGUGAUCUUCCUUCUUCUCAGAACUCAAAACCUGAAGAUCAUAAUCAAAAAACUCACGAAAAUCGAUUAACAAACAAAGAUCAACCAAAAGAAAUCGUUCAUCAAAUUGUGAGGGAGCAUUUUGCGAGUGAUCUUCAGCAAACUCAGUCUCAGCAGACUGCUUCCAAAAAAGUAACCAACAAAACUUCUGAGGAGUCCCAAACAGUACCAAAAGAAAUCGUGCAUCAAAUAGCUCGAGAAGAUUCUUCAAGUAAUAUUCCAUCACAAACCUUUGAUCAUCAGACGUCUCAAGACGAAUCGAUUUCAUCUUCAGAAGGAAGUGUCCUCACAGUAAUUCAUAACGAAUCUCCACGAUCAAUAUCACCUCCAGCAGCUGAGGAAACAAAACCAAAGGAAUCUUCAGAAGAAAAAUCUUCCAAACGCUCUUUCUUCCUUCCUCCAAUUGAGCUACCAAACAAAACUCAAUCUGAAGCUGUUGAAGUGAAGCAAGACCUUCAAAUUAUAUCCCCUGAUUUUGUGAAAGUUCUCAACCAUCCAAUUGUUCGUCAAAUAGAGAAACCCCUCGGAUAUCGUGUCGAGUCACCACAACCUGAGAAAAUUCCAAUGCUCAUGAAGAAGAGCAAGAGCUUUGAUGACGAUGAUGUGGUUAUACAAGAAAUGAGUGACACUAGCUCCGCCGGUGAUACUGACAACCCUCCAGUCAUUUCCGAAGCUGAAUCUGAAACAGACACAAUUGAAGCAGUCGAUGAUCUUCCCGAUCUACCUUCAUGUUCUUCGCUGGUGAGUAUCCAGACUCUUCCAAUGGAUAGUGAGAGCAGUGACAACUUGUCAACUAAAUCUGCUCAGGAGUAUAAGACCCGUAGACAGCAGAACCGUGCAGCUCUGGAAUCACACUUCCUCCCGCAGUUCCUCGCUCCAAACUUCCUCGACAGCAUCAAAGAAGAGAACAGCGACCUAAGUGAUUCUGAUCGACGAAGUUCCUGCUCCGAUCGCGUCGAAAUACCAGUCCAUCAAGGUGAUCUUGAAGAUGACGUAUUUCUCGAUCCACCGAAGAAAGCCAAUGCAGUCUAUCCCAAGAGCAAUUUGGAUUUCUCAAGAAAACACAAACACGUUCUAAACGUCCGUCCUCCAAAAACCGGCGUCAUCCGUGAAGAAGCCUCCCCACCCUCAGUAGUCGAGGCGAAGAUCAUCGAACAAGGUUCGAUCGAAGAAAGUUGUUCUACCUGGUCAACCGAUCUCACCCCCGAAUCUGAGGCAGCCGAAGUAGUCUACAUCAAUUCGGCAUCCAGCAGUGUAUCUGAUUUGCUCGAACUCGACUAUUCUCAAGGCCAACCCGAUGAUUCCAUCGAUCGCGAAGACGACGUCGUCCGCAUCCAAACACCAACCAUCGAUCUAGAUAGUGUUAACGAAAUGUUUGCAACCUGUCAACAAGUUGAAAAUAAUGAUCGCAAAAUAUUUAUUCCACCAUCCGAAAAACCACCUCCGCCACCACCUGUUAACGGUGAAAACCAACAGGAAAAUAAUAUAAACCAACAAAAUUUAUCGUCAUCCAAUAAUAAAAAUGAUCUGCCAAAUACAACAAAACUUAAAUUAGACAACGACGAGAAGCAGAAGUGCAAAACUGACGAUGAACUAAUUUUCAAAAAUACAGAAACUAAAGCAGGAGAUCGAAAUGCUCUCAAAAGUUCUGAUGAUGUCUCUGCCGCUGGCACUUUGGCGAGUGCUGAUGAAAAUUCCAUUGCGAACAAUUUAAAUAGUUGUGACAGCGCGAUCGACCAGAUCGUUACGAGCAAUACAUCGCCAUCGGUAUCCGCUAACGCCAACGCUACCGCCGCCGCCAACGUCGUCGUCGGUUCGAAUAAAAAUAUGGAAAACAUACGUGAAAUAGUAAAUGCUUCAGCGUCGUCGUCAGCUUCGUCAAAAAGUGAGUUAGACACGAAUACGAUCACUGAUCGGACUGAUCAUGGAUUUUUUAAAACAAAUUUCAUGAUCGGUCAGCCAUGUUCAGAUCAUACACUUAAAUGUGACACUAAAUCAUCCUCAUUAUUGUCUUCGUCAUCUUCGUCUCCGUCUGCGUCAGCGUCUGUGUCUUCGUGUUCGUCUUCCUCUACCACCACCACCAACACAACCACCACUACAACAACAAAAAUCAUAACGUUGCAUGAUCUAAGUCAAGCCCUUGACAAUACUAAACACUUGAUUAAUCCUCUUGUUAGUCCCAGUUCUUCAGCCCUUGAUCGUCAAGAAUCCCUCGAUAGCCAUGGCUCUGAUCAGUCGCACAGCACCAAUCAGAGCCAAUGCACGGCCAUCAAUCAAGGAUCAUUACCUCAUUGUGAUUGGAAUGAAAUAGAUACAACAACGGAUACUACUUAUGUUUCAGAAUCCGACACUGCCGCUGGACUUGCUUCAUCCGAGGCAUCAUCACCCCUAACUACCAAAGGAGCACACACUUCGGGCGACGAAACGGAGUCUCCACCGAUCCGCAAGCUUCGAUCACUCUGCACGGAGGCUUUAGCUUCCAUGCCAUAUGGUGAGGAGGUUCUUCAGGAACUAGCAACGGUUGCACAGAACAUUCGAGACAUGCCCUAUCCGCUACCAGAUCUCCCACAGAUCCAGGACAUCCAGCUGUCCAUGGGUGCAAAACCAGAGAAGACAUCAGUGAUCACCCUCUCCCAGGUACCACCUAGGCCUGGUGCUUCACAGAUGGGACAUAAAUUCAAAUCACCACCUCCACCACCGGUUCCUGAGCCACCGUCAAAGUACGACGCAUGGUUAGGUGUUCCCACCGAGAGCGACCCAAGUGUCCUGGUGUGCCUGUCUCCCUCGCAGAGAAACGCCGUAAAAAGUGACUCCACGGCGGACAGUCUCCUAGACAUGCACAAGAAGUUCGUCGAACGUCGCGGCUAUCACGAGUACACAACUAAACAGGUAAACGCUAUCAAUCAAGCCAACACCGCUGAGGCACCCAAACUGAACAAAGUCGAUUCCCCGCCGCCACCACCGCUGCCGCCACGACCACAAACUCAAUUAUCAAAUCCCAACGGAAAUGCUGACAGAAAUGAUGAUAAUGAUGAUGAAGAAGACCAGAAUAACCAUCGAUUGUUGGCAAUUAUCCGAGACACUCAUCAAACCCAACAACAACAACAGCAACAUCAACAAAAAUCAUCCAUGACAUCGACGAGUGAAAAUAUUUCAAGGAGAACAGAGAGCGGAAUUCAUAAAACCGUUAACACAAGUACAGCCCACAAUGGAGCAAGUUCUUCUCGUCUAGAAACAGAAGCAGAUUUCUCGAAAACACCUUGUUCAGUUAACAACCAAUCUCAGGAACGCAAGUUUAUAAGUGAAAAUAGCAAAUCUCACGGCAGCACAGAAAUGCAUCAACAAAGUGAAUCGGAACAUUCGAUGAAAGUCGGUGGUGAAACGGUUAUGGGAAUGAAAUUCCCCACAAGUGAAUAUUUCGAUAGUAUUUUCGCUGGAAAAGAUAAACGUUUUUCAAAUAUCGAAAUGGGUUCGAGGCCGGAAUUCUGUUCGCAACUGCUUGCAACCCAACCCAAACGGUACUCCAAUAUCGAAACGUCAUCGUUUGAAUCGAAGAAGUGCGUGGAAAACGGUAAAGUUCUGUACGACGUGAGUGAUUCGAAACGGGAGAAAAUCAGUGAGGGUGAUGAGCCUGAUUCCGCGUCCGUGGGACCUGCAUUCUUUCCAGAAACAUCCAGAGCCAAAACAACAAACGGCCUGGAGUAUAGCUUUCCCGCUUCGGCAACCGCAAAUCGAUCCGGCACUGACGACUAUCCAAGAGAACACCACGGUGGCGACAGUGAAAAUAUUAUGUCAGCAUUUAAAUUAAACACAACACAAACGACAGCGCCACCAGCAGCAGCACCACCAAGUCGCGUAGAGUCCUCACCGCCAGCACCGCCAGUGCCCCCACUGCCCCCAACCUUAACCGCAGAUACAACUGCAACUAGUUCGACGAUGACAACAAAGUCCACUUCAACAUCAGAGAGUCAUAUAAAUAGAACGUUCAAUGCUAAGACGAGCAAAAAAACUUUCGAUGAUUUUGGGCAGCGUGCCAAAGAGGCAGCAUCCACCAACAACACCACAAACACCAGCACCGGCGGAGGCAGAAAUGAGUCGUCAUCCACAGCAGAUAAAAAGCCAUCAGAUGCUUUUCAACAUGAGAAACUUUUCAAGGAAUUCGACGAGCUCUCGAAUUUGCUUAAAGAUGAAUUGGAAUCGGGUAAGCGUAGGCCUCCGGCGACCUUGAAUGGCAAUGACAUACCCUCGAGUGUGAUUGAUUACAAUCGUGUGGCAAGGGAAUCCAAAAUACAAAGCAGCCAUGUGUCAUCGACCACGAGCACUGAAACAACUCGCCGCGAACAAAUGAAGAAGCUAGCCGAUGAAAUUGAUCGUACGUCGAAGCAAAAGUUAGCACAACGGCGGGAAAUGAGAAUUCCUAUCGUUAUUGAAAAGUCCACAGAUAUAGGUCCUCAAUCUGCUCCGGUAUACUCUCAGGAACCAAGGUCAUAUGAAAUACCGGUUCGAGUCGAAGGCGGACGUGGUAGCCGCCCCAAUCUCCAGCAUCAACGAAGCUAUGAGAUUCCAGUUCGUGUGGAAGAGUCUUCAAGCAACAGUCGUCAAAGAACCUACUCCGAACAUCAAACCCAGGCCAGAACACACGAAAUUCCUAUCCAAGUAGAGGAGCCACGUCCGGAUCGAUUCCGACGUGCCGAGAGUAUGUUCAACAUCUCCGACUCUACCACCAGCCGUCACCACCUUCAUCAUGAUGAUUGGAUGAAGUAUGUCGGUGACAUUGGGUCCUCCGAGAAUAUCUGCAAGCCCUUCCAGCGUGAGGUCGAAAUUUGCUAUCUUGGACGACGUCCCAACAUCCGUGCGCCACGUAUGUCAGCCUCGACAAGUGACCUUUCAAGCAUCCAAACCUUUGAUACCCACGGAGCUUAUGACGUUCGAAGAACAGCUCAGACCCCUCGGCCACAGCAGCCUCCUCGUCGGUCUUUGAUUGACACAACCCCCAUUACUUCAUGUGUCAGUGCCCGACGAUCUCCAGCUCCCGAAAGGCGAUCCUCUUUACCAAGGGAGAUCCAUGACAGACAAUUGCAAUACAUCACCAGCAAGGAGCAGCAACUUAAGUAUGAGUUCGAGCGACUCGAAAACGAGCGCCGUCACCUGAUCGACGAAAUGAACCGAGUCCAGCUGAAUCAGAGAAUCAGCCGGGAAGCCUACCGCCAGCGACAGCUUCCCCCGCUGACAGAAGACGAAAGUUUCCGUCAGCAGAUGGCCGAAGAGUGGUUGAACAAAGUUGCCGAGCGCGAAGAACGACGCCUGCAGAAAAUCAUAAAAAUCUCGAAAAUCAAUCAAGAGGCUGGAGUCCCCGUAGCUCCUCCCCGCAGACACUCCGCUGCCGAUGAUAUCGGCGAUGAGUUCCUUCGUCGUGUCAAAGAACGUCGUUCGAAGCUCCACAUGCCUUCCGACAGUGAUUGGGAGAGUGGCGCCGAAUCGCAACCUUUGCCCCGCACCGAUGGUAGUCGCAGUGAGAACGAAGAACCACCCGUAACAGUCUUUGAAGGCCAUUCUACGGCCAAUAUCAAACAACUUCCGAAGCAUUUACGUGAAUUCGCCAAAUUAACAAGUCAAAUGAAAGAAGAACAUCGCCAAGAAAUGACAGAAAACACCUCCACCAGCGCCUCCAAGAUGACAUCUCAAAAGACAACUGUCAAAAUGACAAGCAACAACAACAGUACCCAUGAGUCUCAUCAGUCAAUGCAAAAAGAUGUUGCACACGUCCGUGAUUUAGAACGACAAUUGUCACAGCCACAGUCGCAGUCGCACAACAACGGCAAGCGACCUAAGCUUGUCACAAUUUUACGCCAUAAGAAGCCAGCUGAGUGUAGCGGUGGCGCCACACACCACCAAUCCGGUAGCAGCUGCAACAACAACAACAAUAACACAAAUUCAGCUAUUAAGCGCAGGAAACAGACACGCUUUCUACUAACCCCGAAUCGUCGAAGUUGGUCGGAGAGCGAUCUUCUGCGCGAAAUCGAUAAAGAUCUUGUAUUGGCGAAAGGCUUUCUCUAUGCAAAUGUUUUCUCUGUUAAAAACGAGUAUAUGAGUGAACCGGAAACGGAAUACGAGAAACCAAAGAAAAUGGCUCAAUUAAGUCGACGGCAGUACGAUGGUAUUGGACCAACAACAAAAGAUGGAAUGCCAGUUGUUCUUAGAUCGGAAGUCAAGGAACCAAAUCAACAUGAAUGGUAUAAAAGGAUAUUCCAAACGAUACACAAACAAAAGAAUCCUGAUGAUUACGUGACAAUACGCUACAAAUGUCCCAGAGGGCGAUAUCCUUACAAGGCAAACGGUUAUAUGUCAGAACCAGAACCAAACUACGAUUCAGAUUAUUCAACAGUAAAAUAUCGAACUUUGGAACGAAGAAGGCUUCAAUCAACAGGAGGUACAGAAUCAAGGACAUCAGCGGGUACAACAGGAAACGAAAGUCGUGACGAAACAUUUUAUGGUACUAUGCCAAAUCCUGUUAAAUCAGGCCAAGGAUCCUAUAAAGUUCAACCUGGCAGAAUUGAGAAUUACAUUACCGGUCAUUCAUCCGUAUCCGAAAAGGAAAAGAAAGAGCAAUUGGACCAGCAGAAACUUUCUCCACAUUACACCGAGGGAAAUUUAUCGAGAGCAUUACUGAAGGAACAGGGUUACACGAGUGAUUCGAAUUUAGUAUUCCGGAAAAAGGAUGUCCCCAUUUUGCAGUCCCCAUUGAGUCCAGUCGAACAGAAACAAGUCUAUAAGAGUGUCCAAGCAGGAGGCCAGCCACCACUUUUGGGUUUCAGGAAACCAGCCCCAGAAAAACCAAAAGAAACCGAAUUCGAAUAUCUACCAAUAACUCCCACACUGACUAAGAUUCGAGUACAUAGCAAAGAAUUAGUUAUGUCUAAGAAUCAUCGAACAUCAGCUGAACGGGGGGAAUUUUUGUGUUGUCCCAUUACGAACAUUGCACGUCCCAUAGAUGUGUUUGCCCCAUUUCCGAAAAAUGUGCCAUCAUUCAUUCCAUUGCAUCAACCACCAAUGCCACCAAAUCGUAAAUCAUCUCGAGUCCGUACAAAUAGUAUGGCUUUGAAAUUAUCAUCGUCAUCGCCAUCGCCUCAUGGGCGUCGGCCAACUUCGGCGAAUUCAAGCCGACAUGAAGCAUGUUUUCAAACAAAAGACGCCAUUACAUCACCAACUCCGCCGAAGCCUACAAAAUAUGGAACGAUAACUUUGAGAAAAACCGUGCGUCGUACGGAACCUUUGAUGAGGUCGAAAUCGGCUGGUGCCGUUGUGAGUAUACUUACGGCAUCUAGUGGUGGUAGAGAGGAAAAGUCUCAAGAUGGAAGAGUUUCGAGGAAGCAACAAUCGGUCCGCUUGAGCUCUUCUAGUCCUGUGAGAAGUGCUUCAAGAUUGUCCACCUUCCGAGCAACAAGCCGAAGUCCGGUUGCUUUCGGCCGAAGUGUCUCCAAAGAACGUUCGUUUGCCGAAGAGAAGAAGCGCAUUGAAGAAUCACUGCCAUCAGUUAGAACUGAUUUCACUGCUAGUACAAACAUUCUCCGAGACCCGAGACUCAAGUCUCCUGAUCAAGUUAAAAGGGCUGUCCGUUCGUAUGCAUUCCCGAUUGAGCGAAGCAAAUCAGCUCCUAGAGUUCUGCCACCAAUCAAACCAACUAUGUCUUCAUAUGUCUCAACCUAUGUGGUUCGACGCAUUCCAAGCCCCCCAAGGAAAGAGCCACCCAUUAAACGGGGUCAAUCUUCAUCGUCUGGAAGAAUGCUUACAAAGUCUCCUGCGACUGUUCGUUCAAAAUCACAAUCCGGGAAGGUGAUGCUUGAUAAAACCAGCUCAAAGUCUUUGGCAAAGACAAGCUCAACAUUAAGCCUAGCCAGAACUAGCUCAACAUUUUCAGUCGAUUCUAUAGCUCCAAAACCAAAGCCUUUACAGAAGAAGUCUCCACUUACAAUCUGUAAGAGCACUUCGAAAAUUGAAACUGAGAAACCUAAAAGGAAGCCAGUAACAAUAUGUUCAAGCAAAAGUGACAGUAAUGUCUUGAAAAAAAUCAAGGAAAGUCCUGAUAUAAAAAAGAAAAUCAUCAAGGCCAUACCAAUGCAGCAGAAGAUUAUUCGAUCUAAUCAUCAGUUCUUUCAGAAUCUCUUCAUGCGGGAGCAUUCACCAAAACGUGAUGAGCCAAAACGUCAAGCUUCGGUUCAUGAGAAAGCACGAUAUUGGAAUACUAUUUCACUACCUCCAAAGAGGGCAAUUUGUGACUCAAGAACUAUUGCCUAUCGCAGCCUCAGUCCUCCAGUAAGACCUCACUUUGUUGAAGAGUUCGAGGCCGUUGAGCAUUUCCAUAGCGAUGAAGAAUGCUCCGAGUUUGGAGAUCGUGCAGGUCGAACAGAAGACCUUGUUUGGCAAUAUGAACAAAGGAGCCGUAGUGAGCCACGCCCAGUCAAACCCAUAAGGCCGAUUUGUGACAUUGCUCGACCAGAGUCCCCUGUCCGAACAUCCGGGAGAGAGUUUUCACCGACUCGUGAGAUUCGUGUUCCUCAAUCAAGGGAAAUGCGAUCCCCGUCAAGACGUCGUAUUCAGAAUUUUCGAGACAGUCAGCGUAGUGACACGGGAAAGGUGAUACGAGCAAGUAGCUUGAGCAGUGCUGAUGACCGUUCGAAGAAAAGUCUGUACAACUGCGAAGAAUUCUCUCACAGUGCUACGUCUCUUGACUAUAUUGAGCGCCAUAGUCCAAGCUGCCGGCUAUGCAAUUCCGAUCGGUUUAUAGACCUGAAUCGUUUUUAUAGCACACUUGAAAGGGUCGGUCAAUUAGAACGGGCAACUUCGGCAACCAGUCUCAAACCCAUUCGAAAAGAGGGAGAACCACUGGAUUUUGAAGAAUGGCGUAAGAUUCGUUGUCAUGAACGCGCUGAGCGAGAACUAAGCUAUUUAGUUGGAAAGCUCAAAGAAGACCAAAAACAGAAGGACUUUCUUUUUCGUCCAAAAGAUGUGGAGGACGUAAAGUGGAUUGGUAAUAGAGAUCUCUCACUGAAAUCCAAAGAAAAGUCAGUUGAGGACUUGAGAGAGAAUUUCGAGAAGAAAAUCCACCAGGAAUGGUUGGACGAGAAUAAGAGGCAAGAGCUUGAAGCAAAGAAAGAUACCUACAAACCCUACUGGAGGGGAAGUUCCGUUGUUGAUCUGGCCUCAAAUAUGGAAAUCAAGUACAACUCGGAGAACGGAUCAUUUGGAGUUCAGAAAACACAAUGCGAAGCUCCACCACCGGAGAAGCCACUUUGUCUGAGUAACCGGCUCAUAAGCACUCUGUCCAAGGAUCAAGUCAGCAAAAUCACACAACAGCUGAAUGAAAUCUACAAUGCCUCUGAACCAAAGACGAAGCCCGACGUAAGCGAAGAGUUUGUAAUCACAGUUGACAAACAGGCUCCUUCAAAUUCCCUCAAAGUUCGUUGUAACUCUUCGAUAUCGAAGGAAGAACUAAUUGGACCGGUUCUACGUCGCAAAGAAGCUUCAGAAAAGUCUGUUCAAAGUAAGAAAAUUGAAAAACUCUCUCGGGAAUUCAAGAGCGAACUAACUGAAGCCGAUAAGAAAAGACUUUCACAAAAUUUCAGUCGUGAAAUUCAAGGAAAAGCCCGUUCAAGUUCGCCAAUUAUAGUUGGUCGGGAAACUAGGGGUGCCAUAGCAGCUGAAAAUGCUAAACUAACGCCCCAUGAAAUCCCACCUCCACCACCACUACCGACAAAUUUGAAUCCAGUCAAGAAACCACCACCACCUAUGAAGCCCAAGAGAAAAUCAGCUGAAGAUCAAAACACAAAGUCAGAUAAAGCCCCUGAUGCACAAGCUCCCAAUACAGAGCCUAAUUCCUUAGAAGUUACAAUUGAACAGCCCGAUGAAACAGUUUCAAAGAAAAUCCAAUACUUCGAGGAACGCAGGUUCGAAGAAUCACCAAAAACCAUCUACCAUGCUCGUGAGGAUUCGUCACCCGAUGAAGACGAAAUCAUGCGUGUCAUUGAGGCAAACAUCAAGGCUAGAGCUCAAUCGGAAAAAUACCACCAUCAAGAAAUGAGUUCAUCGGUGACGGAUCUCAAAGAUCUGUUUGGCGAAAAGGAAUCUUCUCGAAUAAAUUUUCCUAUACCGCGACUUCCACCACCUCCAGACGAGACAAUUUAUCACGAGACCAAACACGAUCAAAAUCAAAGUACGUCUUUGACUCUUCGCACAUCUCGCCAGGGAAGCAAUGAAGAGUUAGAAACUCUGUUUCGGUCUCGGAGUGUAUCACCUCAAUCGAAGGAAACAUCCUAUCUUCAUCGAGUCAAUACCGGAGAGGUUCGAAAGAUCAAGGACAAAUUUGAAAGUCUCGGCCGCCCUAAAAAGAAGAAGCAUUUUUUUGAGUUGAGCCCGCUGCGGAAGGUGCGCAGCGAUCCGGAACUCUGCAAUGACGGAUCAAAAGACACCUUUAGGACGAUUGUUCGAGACCAUGAGCUCGGUGAUGUUUCAUGGAUCGCUCACAAGUUUGAAGUGCGACAAUCGUCUGGCCGUGGUCGAAGUCGUGUUAGAAAGCCAAGCUCUCCUAUUCAACGGAUGCCUAUACGCAAAGAGGACCGUUUAAUGCCUCACAUUGAUGUCAUCAGCAAAACGGCCUCUCUAAAACAGGAAAUGAUGAAAUCUCGCAGCCCAAGUCCAGCCGUCCGUCAACCAACUACCCAACAUGCUGGUGGUGGUGUUGGAAUCGAACGCAUUCGUUCCAUAUUCGAAACUUCUCCGGAUCGAACUUCCCCGGUAUGCCAACCUCGUUUAGGCACUUCAUCGCCCGAACUACGUGACAUUUCUCCCCACCUCACUGCCAGUUGGAUAGCUCACAAAUUUCCAAAGACAAAGGAUAACAAUCUUCGCUCUCCACCACCCCCUCCUCCGACGCCUUUAAAACCCGUCAAAUUAGCAAAAUCUGAUUCACUGCCAACUAAAGAAGCCAAACGUCACGAAUGUUGUUAUCGGUCCCGUUCAACAUCUCCGCCAAAAUCCAAACAAAAACAGACAGUUAUUUCGAUUUUGAAACCACGUUUUGAUUUUUUUGCUAAUCAAAAAUUUGACCCAUUGAUUCAUCGACCAAAAGCUAGAUACGUUCCUGAUUCUAGUGACGAUUAUCUAAAGAAAUCAUCUAAGUCUCAGGGUAAUGUGAAGAAGUCGACAGCUGUCAAAUUCAAAGACGACGAUGAUGAACCAAUACCACCGGUGCCACCAACUAAGGGUGUACCUUUACCAUUAGAUUCAAAUGGAUCUUAUAUCUUAGAAUCUCCGAAUCGUUAUUUCGAGAGUGACGUCAAUAUUCACUAUAAAACACCAAUACGCUAUGAAUACAAAGAUCCAAUACCCGAAGAAGAGUUAGCCAUACGUCAAGCUGAAACAAUGCAAAAAUUAUAUCAAGAAGAACGACGACGAAAAUAUCUACAAGAAUUACAAGACAUGAAUUCUAGACGUCAUACUGAUAAUUUUACACCAUCACAAAAAUCACCAAUACCAUUGAAUCGUUAUGAUGACUUUAAUUCAGAUUUGGCGCCAAAAUCACCAAAUAAUACUGUUAACUAUCCAAGAACCGUUGCCAGGGCAUUAUAUAAUUUCCAAGGACAAACAGCAAGGGAGCUGACAUUCAAAAAGGGUGAUGUGAUUUACAUAAGACGCCAAAUAGACAAAAAUUGGUACGAGGGUGAACACAAUGCGAUGAUCGGACUCUUACCAUCAAAUUACGUCGAGCUUUUAACCAAAGAUGGAAUCCGCCAACCACCAAAGAAACCCUCCGAGGGACAAGCACGUGCUAAAUAUAACUUCCAGGCCCAAUCGGGCAUUGAACUAUCACUUAACAAAGGCGAACAUGUAACCUUAACCCGUAGGGUCGAUGAAAAUUGGUAUGAAGGAAAAAUUGCCAAUCGCAAAGGAAUCUUCCCAGUCUCAUAUGUUGAGGUGCUUGUGGAUAUCGGUGCUGAAGAUAGAGCAGGAGGCCGGUUACCAGUUACACAAUCCAUAAUUACACAGACAUCAUCAUCAUCGAUGCGACCAUCGCUGGACACCCUUCGCACAAACAUAAAUAAUGAAUUUAAUAGCCUCACUUCCAAUGGCCAACCCCCGAAUGGCAUCCUCAGGGAAACAAGGUCUCUCCAUAAAACCGAAGUACUUCACGUUGAUACAAAUGCCGAUCCAGUUGCUUACCGUGCUCUGUACAAAUACCGACCGCAAAAUACUGACGAACUAGAACUCCACGAGGGCGAUAUUGUUUUUGUGCUAGAAAAAUGCGAUGAUGGUUGGUUUGUGGGGACAUCAGAACGUACAGGGUGUUUUGGUACUUUCCCAGGCAAUUAUGUCGAACGAGUGUAAACCACGCCAAAAAAAUCAAAAA